AUGGAGCUGGGUGGUCCAAAAGGGUUUGUGUUGAAGGAGCGGGCUGGGGGCUGCCCCCCUCUCUCUGUCACUUUCUCCCCACGCGUGCUGGCUGCGCAGUUCCGCGAACGGGACGUCCUGGAGGCGGUGUUCCGCUUUUGGGCCAGUGGGGAGAAGGGGCCGGAGGCCUUCCCCAUGAGCCGCCUCUGGGACUCGAGGCUGCGCCACUACCUGGGCUCCCGCUACGACGCCCGGCGCGGUGUCAGCGACUGGGACCUGCACAUGAAGCUGCAUGACCGCGGGGCCCGAGUCAUCCACAUCCGCGAGUUUCGGCGCUGGAGGGACACAGGCGUCGCCUUUGAACUCAGAGACUCCAGCGCCUACCACGUGCCCAACAGGACCCUGGCGUCUGGUCGCCUCCUGAGUCAUCGCGGGGAGCGCGUGGCAGCGCGAGGGUACUGGGGGGACAUCGCCACGGGGCCCUUCGUGGCUUUUGGUAUCGAAGCGGACGAUGAGAGCCUCCUGAGGACCAGCAAUGGGCAGCCGAUCAAGACUGCGGGCGAGAUCACGCAGCAUAACGUGACGGAGCUGUUCCGAGCGCUGACAGCCUGGGGGCGCCCUAGAGCUUCCCAGGGGUACCCCAUGGAGGUGCUCCGCGAAAGGGAUGGAACCCGGGAGCCUGACCCUCCAUCACAAGACCUGCUACAAGGGACAGUUCCAGCUUCUCUACGUGGCCUGUGGGUAUGAGGGCCUGGUGGGGGGCUUCCAGACUUCCCUCUCCCAGUCCCUCCUCCCUCAGACCCUAUGGUCCAGGCCCCUAGCCCCU